UCUGAAACAAAUGAAGAUUCUACUAGUCAAGCAGCAGCCAGAGAGUGGGAGAUUACUACAAGAGAAGACAUAAAUUCAAAGCAGCUUGCUCCAGUAAAAGCAGACCUGGAGUCUGAAUCUUUUAGAUCUAAUCUAAGUGAUCCCAGUGAACUCCUACUGCUAGAUCAACUUGAAAAGCUAACCAAGCAUCUUCCCCCAAGAACUAUUGGCUAUCCAUGGACUCUUGUUUAUGGUACGGGGAAGCAUGGCACAAGCUUGAAGACCCUUUAUCGAACCACAACAGGUUUAGACACCCCAGUGCUGAUGGUGACUAAGGACAGUGAUGGACAGGUUUUUGGUGCUCUAGCAUCUGAACCAUUUAAAGUAAGUGAUGGCUUUUAUGGUACCGGAGAGACCUUUGUUUUUACAUUCUGUCCGGAGUUUGAGGUCUUUAAGUGGACAGAAGAUAAUAUGUUUUUUAUCAAAGGAGACAUGGAUUCACUUGCUUUUGGUGGUGGAGGUGGAGAAUUUGCCCUUUGGCUGGAUGGAGAUCUCUACCAUGGGAGAAGCCAUUCUUGUAAAACAUUUGGAAAUCGUACACUUUCUAAGAAGGAAGACUUCUUUAUCCAAGACACUGAAAUCUGGGCUUUUGAAUAAAUACAAAUUCUCUUUCUUAGCAGGAUAAUGGCCCAAAUCUGACAUGGACAGGCUUUAUUUGGGAUGUUCGAGAAGCAAUACAACGCAACAUGUCACUAGUGCUUUAAAAUUAGUCUGUAUCAUCAUUUAUUACAGCUAUAAUUUUG